AUGCUCAAGUGCCCCAAUCGCGGCUACCUCACCAACCGCCACAACACCGUCCAAGCGACCGUCUACCGUAUCUGCAAGGAGGCCCGAUGCCCCAGCGUGAAGACAGAGCAGCUUCUGCGUGACUACCAGUGCCCACUCCCGCAAACGACCGACAAGCAGCGGAUGGACCUGGUGAUCACCCAGCAUGACGGCUCUAAGAUCAUGGCUGACGUCACCGGCACUCACCCCACUCACGCCGACCGCCCAGGCGACCCCAGGAACCUCACCAACCAGCGGCCCGGCUCAGUACUUCGCACCGCCGAGAACCGCAAGAGGGGCCAGUACGCCGUUGCAUGUGCAUGA